AUGGCAGCGCCCUUCAGACCUUGGCUUACAACAAAUCUGCGUUAUAGAUGCUUUCCAUGGUUUAUUGAGCUUCAUUCUAACCACGGCCAAUUUAAUCAGUUUGUCAAAAAUACCAGAAAUUUAUCAUCUGAUAUUUUGGGGCGCAGGCCAGUCAACUCUAUAUCUAUAGUCAGCGCAAACCAUACUUUCACUUUACCUAAAAAUAAUUACAACACCAGGUACUUUUCAUCAAACUCAGACAGAACUUGUUGGAAGUGUGGGGAUAAAGUUGACACCAAAGAAGAGCUUUUCUUUUGUAAAUGUGGAGUUGUACAGGACGUGAAGGGACUGGACUUCUUUGAACUGAUGGGGUUUCCUGAAUCAUUUGACAUUGAUACAAAAUUGUUGACUCGGAGAUAUCGAGAUCUACAGAGACAGCUUCACCCAGACAAGUAUAGCCUGAAAAGCGAGAAAGAAAAACAGAUAGCAGAGGAGCAGUCUUCUUAUGUCAACAAAGCUUACUUCACCCUCCUGAAGCCCCUCCCACGGGCCCAGUACCUGCUGGAGAGGCGAGGGGUCCCAAUAGAGGAGGACAACACCAGUGUUGACCAGGGCUUCCUGAUGCAGGUCAUGGAGAUUAAUGAAGAGAUCAUGGAUGCCGACACUCCGGACUCACUCCAGCCGAUCCAGAUGUCAAACGACGCUAACAUGAAGAACUGUGUGAUAGAAAUAUCCAAGGCUUUCAGCGAUAACGAUGUUGAUAAAGCAAAAGACUGGACUGUGAAACUGAAGUACUUUACAAACAUUAAUGAUAAAAUAAUUAAUAUUCAUCAGAAACAUUUUGGUGCUCAUUAGUAUCAGUAUUAGAUAAAUGUUUGAAAAUUAAAAGUAUUAUGUUUAUU